AUGGAGGAGGAUAACCCUUUCACCAAGGCUCAGACUGUUGAUCCUGAAGUCCGGGCCUAUGUCUACAGCCUGGUCAACGCCCUCGGUGGGAGCAGCACCGACGACGACGGCCGCUAUGUCCUAGGCGAUGAUGCUCUUGCAGUGCUACGAGACCUUAAGCGAUGGCUGAAACUAUACGACGAGAAAAACAACCGGCUGGAUGUUGCAAGAUGUUUGGCCGAAGCGAAGUUGGUCGGAGGGGACCUCAUUCCCAUCCUCGCAUCAUGGCCAGAAGACGGCAAGGAGAACAGACUGAAAGCCAGGGUCGCGCUCGCGUGCUUAGAAGUCCUCGUUCCACUGACAUGGCCGUUGGAGACUGGGGGAGAAAUGACUGCCAACCACCACCGACAUACACCCUACAUUCAGCAAGCCCAGGUCAUCUACAAAGCCGCCAUCUUGGGUUGCGACACUAGUAAUAUCCUACGACAGGUGGUACGGGUCGGACUGCCCUCGAUCGCUGUUGCAAGAGACGAGAGGACCAGUCGAGACGAAGGCAUCCUCAAGCUUAUGUUGUACUUUUUCCGAAACGUCGCCGUCAUCCAGCAGCUCCCGAAUCUCCCAAGCCAAGGACUGGACACGGAAGUCUCAAGAUCAGCCACUAUCGAGGCAUUCAGGGAUCAAGAUGUGUUUGCUGUUCUCCUGACUAUCUGUUCCAACAUGGGAGACGACUUCAACCUACAGGAUGUCAUUGUGUUGGAUAUCAUCUUCAAUCUGAUCAAGGGUGUUAAUCCCAAGAGACUGUGGAUGACCCAACAGGAACGGAAGACUCGUGGGGUGACAGACCUUGGCGCUGUUCUGGCCGUAGAACAGAGCAAGGACAGAGACGCAAAGAAGCACCAAUGGAGCAGGCAUGGCCGAUUUGGAACCAUGGUGUGGGUAAAGCGAGAAGGAGAAAAGAUGUCAGCUGUCUCCGGGCAAGACAAUUUAAAGGACGACCAACAAGCCCUCUUCAAUAUGGACAAGACGAAAAAGUGGAACAAGCCGCAACAGAGACGCAAAGACCUCGACCACACCAUUCACGACUUUGACCGUACUACACACCUUACCGACUCAGCUGCCGAGAAGCUCCGUAACUUUGUGGAAGAGUUCCUUGAUUCUGGCUUUAACCCUUUCUUCACGCAUCUCCGCAAAGCCAUUGAGCGUGAAGCAGAACGCUUGACCGAUGUCAACUAUCGCCAAUUCUUCUAUGCUGUGGCAUGGUUUCUCGAAGCCGAACGAGUACGCCGGGAAACACGGAAGAAAGAGGUCAAACCCGACAACGUCCGAGCAGAAUUGAACGAUGAAAGCUUCUCCCUCGUUGCAGCUGUCCUCAACCAAGAAACAUUCAUUAUGCUCAACCGAUUCAUGCAGAUCUCAUUCGACAACAAAGAAUGGCAGGAUUUGAAUGCGAGCAUGCGCUGCUUCACCCAGAUUCUCCUUACCGUGCAAGAGAUGGCCCAAAGUCCUCUGGAAGAAGACCAAGAGAUCGCAGACAAUAUUCAGAACAGAAUAUUCUACGAGGAGACGACGCAUGAGCGAAUAGUCUCGAUACUCAGAGAAUACAAAGACCAAGGAUUUGGCUACCUCGACGCCUCGACGGAGCUCUCGCACGUCUUCUUGCGCAUGUUGGAACGAUACUCGAAGGAGAAUGUCGACAUGCAGAUACGGUCACGGCGAAGAGCCAGGAAGAAGCGGAAGGAAGAGAGGAAGCAAGCUACAGAAGGCGAUGAUCCUGCCGCGGAAGACGAGGAGUCUGAAAACGAGGACAUCGCAGAUGUGGUGCAAGUGUCUAAAGAACGGAAAUUCGACUUCAACCGCUUCGCCACAAGGUUCUCUACUCAGAAUUCAGUCAACACAUUUGUGUCGCUGCUAACCUUCUACCGUGAACUCAGCACGGAGCAGCUAAAGAGAGCGCACCGCUUCUUCUAUCGAGUAGCAUUCAAGCAGGAUCUGGCGGUGUUACUGUACCGCGUUGACAUCAUUGCCCUCUUCUACAAGAUCAUCAACGGCCCAGACGCCCUGGAGAAGAACCACGCGAUGUACAUGGACUGGUCAGAAUUCUCAAGACAGCUCUUCAAGAAAAUGUUCAAGAAGCUGGAUCAGAGGCCCGAACUAUUUGUGGAGAUGCUGUUCAGUAAGAUUCAUGCUACCCUAUACUACCUCGAGUUUGGGCAGGAGAAACAGACUGUUUCAGCCACCCGUGCUCCUGCCGACCUAGAAGUCAGACCUGCACCAGGGCGAGACAUCACGGAACAAAUUGGGAUUGUCGUGACAGUGCUUAUAAAGGAUGGCAAGGCUCAGCUCGUCCAGUGGAUCAAGAAGAUGCUAGGAAAGGCGUUCGAUGAGCGACAUGCCUGGGAGGCCGAGGCCGAGGCACGGAAAGCGGCCAUGGCUGAGACUGCAGAAAAGGACGCCGCCACUCUGCCUGACGAUGUUGAUUUUGGCAGGCCCUCGUCCAUGACGGUUCACCCUACCUCGGAGGACAUCAAGACCGCAAUGUUCAGAGACGGACGGCUGAAACUGUUGAUGCGAUUGGUUGGCUUCGAGAUGCUUGGAGACGACGUGCUGGGCGCCAGCUGGAUUGUGCCUGGAAGCGUGACGGCCGCUCAGCUUUCCGUCCACAAAGCAACUGUGGAGCAGUACGAGCAGACACCGUGGCAAUCCAAUGACGAAAGUGAAAGCGCCGAAGACAUGCUUCGCCGUGCAAAUCACAAGAACAAGGAAAGCUUCGACGACGGCGAAGAUGCGCCCAGGGAUGGGUUCGUUGACGACUCUGAAGGCGAAGAGGACUUCCUAUUCCCUGAUAAUCCCCGGCCGAAGAAAUCAAAGAACAUCAUCGCAGAGCUCAAGGCCAGACGCAAGAGGAAGCGAGGCGAGGUUGAUGAUGAUGACGACGACAGCGCUGACGAGGUCGACGAGGAAGCUGCAGCUCGAAGGAGAGCCAAACGUGCUGCUGCUGAACUGGAGAGACGCCGCAAGAUCAAGAGUGAAGCCUACAUCAGGGACAGCGAGGACGAGUCGGAUGAGGAGAAAGAUCGCUUGUUUUUCGAGAACGAAGAGAAACUGCGACAGAGGUUUCAGGCCGACGUCGAGGCCAAGCUUCGCCAGCAGGCAGAGCAGGCCACGAAGCCUGCAGGCAAAGGCAAGAAGACGAAAGCAGCGCUGCAAGUCGGAGGGGACCAGGAAAGCGAUGAUGAUCUGCUGAUGGCUGAUGUCGACGACCAGCCUGAGACAGCGUCAUCACAGCCACGGAGUGCCGGAAGACCAUCAGAUACGGAGGAGGCAGGGGAGGAUGACACGCCCAUGUCGUCUCGAAGUACAACACCACACAUCGAUAUAGCUGGGCAAUCGAAGCCCGGAAUGGAGUAUAAUCGAGCGCACCUGGGUGUCAAGGCCACCGAAGCGGACACGAGUGCGCUGAGCAGUGACGACGAUGAAGAUGUGGUUCCUCCAGCGAACCCGCGUCAGAGAAUCAGGGCUGGUUUCAUUAUUGAUAGUGACGAUGACGAGUGA